AGCGCCUGGUUCUCUUCCCCUCUUCCCCUCUUCCGCUCUUUCUCGUUUGCACUCCCCACCACCUCGUGCUUGCAGAGGGAGAAAUAAUAACAGAGCAUAUCUAUUAAGUCCACGUGGAUGUCGGAGAUUGACGACUUAGUGUCCCGGCUGCGGAGCAUCACGGGCUACACCGCGGCCGCACCCACACCUCCAUCGAAGCCCGCCGCGGUAUCCGUAGAGAAACAGCUCUCCAGCGACAGCCUUCUCUUCUUGCAGCAGUCCCUUCGUCGUCACCCCUGCUUUGGCGUCUUUGGUCUUUCACGGGCGGAGGUGGACUGCCAGCUCUUGAAGGAACUGGAUGACGCGGCAUCAACGCCAGUGGCAACGGCGAGCGAGGCGUCGGUGGCGGUGAUGUGGCGCCUGUUCAUCAACGAGGCGGCCGACGCGCUUGAAGCGGAGCGGCUCAGCGGCGUCUUUCAAGACCCCACGCCGCGGCUAGACAGAGCAAAAGAUGACCUUUUUGCGCGGCUUGGUGUGCAAACGGCGCCGCUGCUGUCGCAGGUGGGCGACGGCUAUCCCUGUCCGUGGAAUGUACUGGCGACGUUGGAAAACAGCCUCCUCUUUGACCAGGAUGACUUCCGGGAGUUCCCCAAGGCGCACCUCCACGUGCCGAAUGCCACGACGAGCAUUCUGCUGCAGUUGCAGAAGGUCUACGACGAUAGCUACAACACACUUGCGUGGCUGCAGCUGCUACACCAGUUGAUGCGCUUCCCUGUAGCGUCUGUGCGGGUGGUGUGGCAGGCAGCCUUAUACCACUUCCCCACCGCCGCCCCGCUCGUCUGCGUGUACACCCGUCUGGAGCUCGCCGCUGUGGCCAAGACGUCCCGUCUAGACGCCUGCAGGGGCGAAACAGACGCGGAAGACGUGUACAGGGAUUACCUGCGCGUCCUCAACACCUUUUACCGCCAUCUCCCACUGACGUUUUCGUGCGAGCUUUACUCCCUCUUCUUUGCCUUCGCGACGGAGUACAUUCAGCCCGACAACACCUCGCUCGACUUGCUCUUCCGCACCUGUCUGCGCCGCGACGUCGGCAUGCUACCGCAAAGCACGAAACUGUGGCGAAAUUACCUCUCGUGGCGGUCGGCGACGAUACGCGACCACACGCGACGGCGGAUCUGGCGCAAACGCAUGUUCCAGCGCAUCCUUGCCAUCCCAUUAAUUAACCUCGAUGAGGUGAAGGCGGAGUACGACAUCUUUGUCGACACCGAGUACCGCGGUCGAGUAGCCCCAGAUGAGAAGGCAGAGGUGGAGAGUCGCCUUAAGCGGGUGAAGGCGGAGGCGGACGACCUCUCCCGGCUGAUGUACUUCUUCUAUCCAACAGAGUGGGAGCCGGCGUCGCAGACAAUAGUGUUCCCGCACACCCUUUACCUCGCGCGCCCCCUCACGGUCGACGGCCCCUUGAACCCAAACAACAUCAAGGACGCGGUGUUGUCACGUAUUGAGAUGGACCUUUGGACGUCGUGGUACACGCUGCUUCAGAGCAUUCGGCGGCCUCUCUUCCCUGGAGCGGGCGGUGACAUUCUGCACUACGGCCGAUGCCGCAGCUUCAUGACAAUGGCCGCCGGCUACUUCCCCCAUCAGCCAACCCUGUGGAUGGAGUUGAUUGACUUCUGCGUGCAUCAGCAGCCAAUCUUGUCGGAUAAGGAGCGCUUCGGCAGCGUCGCUGCCGCCAUCGAGCUAGCGACCACCUUCCACCGCCAUGACCUAUGUGUCCGUCUCUACGUGGCGCAGGCGUACGUGACAGACUUCUCGGCAAUAGAGCUGGCCUUUCGUGACAUGAAGGAAGGCCUCCUGUACCUUCGUGGUUGGCUUUUGCACUACGUGAAGGAGGACGCCGUCACAGCGACGAAGGAGGAUGUUCUCGAAACGCUGCAGCACGUGACGGUCCUGGCGGUGAACUUCAUGCGGAUGGGCAACACACAGGGGGAGGAGCAGCACAUUCAUCUUGUAGCCCGCUUUGUGAUGCACCAGGUUGAAUUUUUGGUCUUGACGAUGGCGGUCCUACGGAAGCUGUUCAAGGCGAGCGCCAUCGCCUUUCCCGCGCCGUUCCUCCGCCCCUUCUACACCUUCUGCGCGCAGUGGAUCUCGCUGGAGUUAAUCCGCAGCCGUGCACCCCACGGCGCCCUUCGCGUCCUCCAGCAGUGGUGCGAGCACCUCAAGAUCAUGCUGCAGUCCGGCAAAGCGAAGGGCUGGACGUGCGAAGAGUGUGGGCUGGAUGAGUUGCUGCUGGACACGUGCAGCAACCUGCUCACAGCGGACCCUUCCACGCGUAGCACGAUCGAUGCGAUGCUGGCGCAGCUGGAGGAGGUUGUCAACAGCGGCGGCAUUCGGCCAGGGAAUUUCACUUACCUCGCACGUCAGCUGCGCCACCACUUCUUCCUGCCGUGUCCGCCGCCGCCGCCCGGGGACGUGAGGGACGUGCUGCUGAUGUCGAAGCUGCUUCUCCCGCACGCCGCCCCGCAUCGGUACGACACGGUGCAGUUUCGCUGCCCGCCACCGCAAAUUUCUCCCUUGUCCAGCACCGCGGUUCUCACCCAGGAGAAGGAGGCGAAUGCAGAUGAAACUACGCUGCCACCUCCGCAAACGCCAGCAGCGGCAGCACACGAGGACAGCGCGGACACCCGUACAACGGAGGUGAUUGAAAGAGAAAAAGACGCACCCGUGCGCGCGUCGACCAUGCCGGAGGAGAGUUUGUGGUCGUCCGCGAUCUCCUUCCGCAAUUCGGCCACACCGGGGAGGCCGCGCUUUGACCGCCCGCGCCGGGGCCCGUUUCCUGGCACCACAGCAGACAGCUCCGAAGGACCGCCAAGAGAGCUGCCGCGCGUCCCUGCGAUCGGGCCGAGCCGAUUGGCCGUCCUAUCCGAGUCCCUUCAGCUGCCUACGCUUCUUGACUGUCUCGGCUCGGGGCGACACACCGAUGCAGAUCGAGGGAAAGCGGCGACGAAGCUUCCCCCGCUGGAUCAGCUAGAAGACUUCAUCACAGAGCUGCCGUCAGUGUACGAGUACAACCCUGACGUGGAGGAGGGCGGCAAGGACGUCUCGACGGAGUGGGUGCUCAGGACGCUGCUGAGCUGCGAGGCGCUGUGCUAG